CGCAUGGGGCCGGUUUGUGCCGACAAGCCACUCUUGCCCAAUGGCUCCGGGGCGGGAAUCAAAUUUCGCGGUUGUCAGUCGCAGCUGCCGAGCUUCAGUCAGCCCAACAAACAAAGCCUUGUCCUGUCCGCUUCACCCCGUUUGCACCUCUUUUAACAUUCUUGCGAGCAACUGUUGAGCUUCUCUAUCCAGGUUUUAGUCUUUCAGAUCCAAGGCCUCCUCCCCCCGUCCCAGCAAGAUGUCUAUCCCAGCCUUCUCCGAUAUUUCCAAGUCGGCCAACGACUUGCUCAACAAGGACUUCUACCACCUGUCUGCCGGCACCGUCGAGGUCAAGAGCAACACCCCCAACAAUGUUGCCUUCAAGGUGACUGGCAAGAGCAGCCACGACAAGGCCACCUCUGGCGCGAUCGAGGGAAAGUACACGGACAAGAAGAACGGCAUCACCCUCACCCAGACGUGGAACACCCUGAACGCCCUUGACACCAAGAUCGAGGCCGCCGACAACUUCGCCAAGGGCCUAAAGCUCGAGGGUGUCUUCUCCUUCCUGCCCCAGUCGCAGAAGAAGGGUGCCAAGUUCAACCUGUACUUCAAGCAGCCCAAGUUCCACUUCCGCAGCUUCUUCGACCUGCUCAAGGGCCCCACCGCCAACGUCGACGCCGUCGUCGGCCACGAGGGCUUCCUGGCUGGUGCCUCUGCCGGCUUCGACGUCCAGAACGCCAACGUCACCACCUUCGCCGCCGCCGUCGGUUACGCCCACCCCACCUACACCGCCGCCAUCACCGCCUCCGACAAGGCCAGCGUCUUCGCCGCUUCUUACUACCACAAGGUCAACGCCAUGGUUGAGGCCGGCGCCAAGGCUCAGUGGGACUCCAAGACCGGUAGCGCCGUCGGCCUCGAGGUUGCCACCAAGUACCGCAUCGACCCCGUCUCUUUCGUCAAGGGCAAGAUCAACGACCGCGGUGUCACCGCUAUCGCCUACAACGUCCUGCUCCGCCCCGGUGUCACUCUCGGCAUUGGUGCCUCUUUCGACACCCAGAAGCUUGACCAGGCCACCCACAAGGUCGGUGCCAGCUUCACCUUCGAGGGCUAAAUGCGAGAUCUGGAAGGCAGGGAGACCUUGGGCCUUGAACCAUCCGAAUGCGAUUCUUUGCGAGGUCUUGGAUGGACGCAUACUCUUCUAGACUUUGUAUCCCACAUGUAUACCAAAUUCGCAGCUUAGACAACCAGCGCUCGGGUGCAAAUGUCAUCUCGGAGGGGUAGAUAAGAUGAGCACGCGCGCCCAGAUGCACUCAUAAUACACUCACGCAAGUCCAUCCCGUCGAAGCAUUGUAUCUGUCUAUGUCACGCCAAGAAGAUGAGAUCGUUUCCGGUCUAGCAGAUACAACACCAAGCAUCCACAGUUGGGUGACGUAGGCCCAAGAGCCCGGGCAUCGAUCUGUGUCUUCUCUCUGCCCGCCGCUCCAUCACCCCUGGGUCUUUUUCUGUUUCUUGUCCGGCCGGUUCCAGCCCUUCAUGACGAGGUACGGGAGCCCGACCGCGACACCCAGCACGGCCAGCACGGCGAAGAAACUCCCGACCUCGCCGUAGUCGCCCGAUGCGGACGGGAACCCGGGCUUCUUGGCCGCCUUGCGCGCCCGGAUCUCAUCGACCCUUCCCUGUGUCCGUGUGUGCGCCGCCUUGGCCGUCCGGUCGAAGUGCGGCAUCUCACCGCUGCUGCCGCCGAAGGUAUCAUGACCGGGGCCUGCCCCACCACCGCCGAAACCAUUCGCACCCGAUGCUGGCUGCUGCUGUUGGUGACGAGGAUGUUGAUGAUGGUGGUGAUGGUGGCCGUGGUGGUGGGCAUCGUGGUGGCCGCCGCCGCUGCCGCCGCCGCCGCCGCUCAUCGAGUCUUCGUGCGCCUGGUUUCUCUUGGCGCCGUGGGCGCCCCACCCGCCAUUGCGGUAGAAACUGGGCGGCGGGCCGCGGAAGGUCCCUCGCCUCCUUGACAAACCCGACGCCGGCCUGCCGCCCGCAGGUCCGGUGCUGCUGUAGCUGGCGCCACGGUGGUGUGGCCCGGCGGCGGCGGCGGCGGCGGGGCGCUGGUCAUGCAGCCGCAGGACGUCACGGUCGUACUUUGCGCGGCUGUCGGUGUUGGAGAGGACGCUGUAGGCCUCGCUGAUGCGCAUGAAGCGCUUGGAGGCCAGCGGGUCGUCUGGGUUGUGGUCUGGGUGGUGCGUCUUGGAGAGGUGGUAGAAGGAGCGCUUGAUAUCCUUGGGGGAGGCGCUGGUCUGGACCCCGAGGGUCUCGUAGUGGUUCUUGCUGUCGAUAUCAUCGCGGCGCAGGGCCGGGCUGCUGUGGAAGAAGCACGAGAAGGCGGCGGGUGCUGGUCGCGUGCGGCUGUCUGCUGCAGCUAUGAGGUGCGCUGCUGCACGGAACGGGGCGGUGCGGAGUGGCAUUCCUCAUCCCGACCUCGCUGGCUGGCUAUGGCCAAUUUCUUGAUGUUUUGGGGGCUCAGCACGAGCCCAUUGAGGGUGAAGUGUCGGAUGCUGGGGCGGAAUGCGG